CCCUUUCCCCUCCCCUCCCCUCCCCUCUCACACCAGUCACCACCACCCCACCACACCGCCGCCGCCGUUCGAAUAUUCCAAGCUUGCGAAUUGCGAUUGCGAGAAGAGGAGGGGAGGGGAGGGGAGCCGGGCGCGGAACCCUAAUUGCCUCCGUCGACUGCCAACAGCUGAGAGGCAAGGGAGGUACAAUGCCAAGAGCUAAUGAGAUGUUUAGGGCGGAUUCAAGAAUGAUGGUGGUCUUUGGUGCCUUGACAUCGAAACCACAGCAGCUGACAUUUGAAGAAUCCCUCAGAUUUGUCAAGAAAGUGAAGGCCCGCAAUUACAUUUUGUACUUGUCACUAUUUGACAUUCUUGGCAGAAUGGAACUUUCCCAGCUCGAUGCCUACCGAGAGUUACGGCUGCUAUUUCGAAAUCACCCAGAUUUGUAUGAAGAGUUUGAGAAGUUCAGACCACCUGCGCCCAUAAAGCACGCAACGAACAACAUCUGGCCCUGGGUUUUCGUGUGCGCCGUCCCGUUGGUUGCAGUAAGCCUAAUCCCGGCGUUUGGAAACCCAGUACUGUGGUUUGUUCAACAAACUAUUGGCGAAAAAUUGGCCGCGUGAUUCAAGCACCAGUCGGUACAUACAUAUAUAUGCAGUUGACCUCCAAUUAUUUGCUCCCACCAUAAUCGGAUUGAUAGCCUUUAUAUAUAUGUAUAUAGUUAGUUAUACUGGCAUUAUGGACGGAAAUCGGUUCACGCAAGAAAUUUAGUCGUGCAACCGUGUAAGUCUUGUCAAACAUUGCUCAUCUCCAUUUGAGUUGGGUAAGUGCUAAAUCAAAACUUCCUUGGCAUCUCUCUGUUUCCUGCUAUAACUAAGACUGGUGCUGCUGUUAUGCUGCGAGU